GAGGAGUUUCCUAUGAGAAUGGCUUUAUAUAAAUUUAGUUCUUCCCCAUAAUGAUGUUUGUUUAAUCACAAUGCUAAAUAGGGGGAGAUCUUCAGUAGAAGAGGAUCCAAACUACAGACCUAUUUCCUAUCCUUUAAUCGUCUACAUUUCUGCACUUGGAUUCAGCUCCUUCAUUUCCAACAUGGAAGAAACUUACAUCGAUUCCCUGGACCCUGAAAAGCUAUUACAAUGCCCCUAUGAUAAAAACCACCAGAUCAGGGCCUGCAGGUUUCCUUAUCAUCUUAUCAAGUGCAGAAAGAAUCAUCCUGAUGUCGCAAACAAAUUGGCUACUUGUCCCUUCAAUGCUCGCCACCAGGUUCCUCGGGCCGAAAUCAGCCACCAUAUCUCAAGCUGUGACGAUAAAAGUUGUAUUGAGCAGGAUGUUGUCAACCAAACCAGGAACCUUGGACAAGAGACUCUGGCCGAGAGCACCUGGCAGUGCCCUCCUUGCGAUGAAGACUGGGAUAAAGAUUCAACUAGCAUAAACUACAGCACCACAAACUGUGUUUUGCUUUCUUUGGCAGAUCUGUGGGAACAGACCAGCACCCCGUUUGUCUGGGGCACAGCCAACUACUGUGGCAACAACAGCCCUGCAAGCAACAUAGUUAUGGAACAUAAGAGUAACCUGGCUUCAGGCAUGCGUGUUCCCAAGUCUCUGCCGUAUGUUCUGCCGUGGAAAAACAAUGGAAAUGCACAGUAACCGAAUAUCUAUCUCAUCAAAUGCCAGACCCUAGAAGACUCUUGCUUCUUCCUGCUACCAAUGGGUUCUUCACUUUUUUUCUCCUAAUCUAAUUAUAGAAAGAUAAACUGUGACUUUCAAACUGA